GUCAUACUUAAAAAAAAAGAACCCAAAAAACAACAAUUUCCAGAUAACCUUUAAUGAUCUGUAAUUUUGAAAAUGUGUUUUUAACUAGCUUUAUCAAAUAUCAAAUAAUCGAGCUAUAUCUGUAUUGUUUAAAUUCGGCGAUCGCAUCUUGAGUUCUUAUUUUUGUUUAGUUAGGUAGCAUUUUAGUUUUAAAUUCAAAAUGUUCAAGUCUCCAGUUUUAGGAAAAGCAAUAGGUUUAAAAAUUUAUAAAGGAUCUUUAACAUCACAAAAUUUAACAAAGGUUACUAUAUGUUGUUUUUCAACAAAAAGUCCCAACCGGAGAAAAAUAUUUUCUAUAGACGAAGCAGUUAAAGAUAUAAAAAGUGGAUCAAAAUUAUUAGUUGGUGGUUUUGGACUUUGUGGUAUUCCUGAGAAUCUCAUUGCUGCCUUACUACAACAUGAAGCCAAAGAUUUAACAGUUGUGUCAAAUAAUGCUGGGGUUGAUAAAUUUGGAUUAGGACUCUUGUUAAAACAGAAAAAAGUCAAAAGGAUGAUAUCCUCAUAUGUGGGAGAAAAUGCUGAAUUCGAAAGACAGUUUUUAAGAGGUGAAUUGGAAGUAGAAUUGACUCCACAGGGCACUUUAGCAGAAAGGAUAAGGGCAGGUGGCGCAGGUAUUCCAGCAUUUUUUACUCCAACAGCAUAUGGAACUCUUGUACAUGAAGGUGGGGCCCCCAUUAAAUAUGGUAAGGAAGGCAAAAUUGAAAUAGCUAGCAAACCAAGAGAAUCUCAAACAUUUGGUGGUAGGUCUUACAUUCUUGAAGAAGCCAUCACUGGAGACUUUGCACUGAUUAAAGCAUGGAAGGCAGAUCCUGCGGGCAAUCUCUUAUUCAGGAAAACUGCUAGGAAUUUUAACCCUACAAUGGCACAAGCAGCUAAAACAACAAUAGUAGAAGUUGAAGAAAUAGUUGAAUUGGGUGAAAUUAAACCUGACGAUGUCCAUCUACCUGGUAUAUUUGUCGAUAGAAUUAUUUUAGGUGAAAAAUACGAAAAAAGAAUAGAAAAAGUUACUGUGCGUAAAACGCAAAGCAGCACAGAGUCUGUCAUAAAGAAGAAUCCCGCCGCCAUCAAUAGGGAAAGAAUAGCCAGGAGGGCUGCUCUCGAAUUCAAAAAUGGAAUGUAUGUUAAUCUAGGAAUUGGUAUGCCAAUGUUGACCUCUAAUUAUAUCCCAGAAAACAUGGAAGUAUAUUUGCAAUCAGAAAAUGGAGUCCUAGGUCUCGGUCCUUUCCCAGAUUCAUGUGAUGUGGAUCCAGAUCUCAUAAAUGCUGGAAAAGAAACUAUUACCGUAAUACCUGGUUCUUCAUUCUUUAGCAGUGAUAUGAGUUUUACUAUGAUUAGAGGGGGUCAUAUUGACUUAACUAUUUUAGGCGCUAUGGAAGUUUCACAAUAUGGAGACCUAGCAAAUUGGAUGAUUCCUGGAAAAUUGGUGAAAGGUAUGGGCGGUGCCAUGGAUCUGGUCUCAGCUCCUACGACGAAAGUGGUAGUAUGUAUGGAACACUCAGCGAAAGACGGCGGUCACAAAAUAUUAGAAAAUUGUACUCUUCCCAUAACCGGCAAAAAUGUAGUGGAUAUGAUAAUCACAGAAAAAGCAGUAUUUACAAUAGAUCCGGAAGCUGGACUUAAGCUUAUUGAAGUUGCUGAGGGUGUAGGUGUAGAGGAUAUUCUCGCCUCGACUGGCUGCACCUUUGAAGUAGCAGAAGAAUUAAAACCAAUGGGACAAGUGGCUGUUAACUAGUUUUAUUUAGGAUAAGAUUGUUUCGUUUAAGUACCGUUUAUUUUAUAAGUGUAACUAUUAUCUCUUUUAUUAUUAUCAUAUUUCAUAAUGUAAAUUAUCAAAUUUUCUUAAUAGUGCAGUAACUGAAGGUGGAUAUGAACUAUUACCUCCGAUUUCGUUGAACCUCCAUCGAUUUGCAUGAGAAUUGGUGAAUGGUAAGACGAUAUCUCAAGGAACAAAGGUGACAUGGUGCCAACUUGCGCUUUUACCCUGGGGGUGGAUGCCACCCUUUCUCGCGGGAGACAAUUAUUUUAUUAAAAAUAACACCACAAUUCGAUAGAGGGACUAACUCUAAGGAAAAUUUCUUAUAUAAAGUUAUUAAAAUAAAUCAAAACUUUUUGAGUUAUUAAAGAUCAAAGAUUUUAAUUUUUCUUGAGAAAAUGCAUGUUUUUAACCGAUUUUUCAUCAAUAACUCAAAAACUAUGUUUUUACAAAAAAGUUAUUAUUACUAAAAUUGAAGCUAAUAAAAAAUGAAAUAAAUUUCUUACCAGAAAAACCUUUUAGUGUUAACUAAAACUGAGUUAUAGGUAAUUGAAUGUAUAUUUUAUUCGGCGAGUAACCAAAUCUAAGUAUUCAAACUUAAAUAACGGGAAAAUGAUGCAUUUGUUUAACACAAACCUGUCUAACAUUUGUCAAAGUACUUAGAAAUAUCUAUCAAAUGAGCCCCCGAACAUGUCGAUAUCAUUAAAAUUUAUACACCAAAAAUUUUUCAAAAUUAAUCUUUUAAAAAUUUUUCCAAAAACUGUUUUUUUUUAAUAACUCCAAUAAUUUUUACUAUGUCAGAUUCAUCUAAAAACCAUUUGAAAGUUAAUUCCAACGGCUAUUUAAAUACGUUAAAUUUAAUCUUUUAAACCCCCUUAUUUUUUUAAAUAAAAGGUUAAAUGGUCCCGGUUGCAUGGUUCUCACAGCAAAAUUUAAGAUUUAAACGUUUCUAUCUCGGUUAUUUUUUACCCUAUAGAUAUAGUAAAAGAGGUAAAAUAUUUGACAUUGAAAAAAUUUGGUUAUAUAUUUUUACGUAUAUUGAGUAUUUUUGGAGUUAUUCUCAAAAGAAUAUAAAAAUUACGAUAAAUUUAAAAAUUCUGAUUUUUUUUAAAUUAUAUCUUUUUUUCAAAAAUAUGCCUUCUAAACCGGUCAAAAUUAUUGAAAUCAUUACUAAUGCUAAUGUAAAGAAAUUCUUGUAAGGAUUAGUAUAAAUUUUAAUUUUUGUGGAAAUGACAUAUGUUUAAUUUUUCAAUUUUUCCUAAAAAAUUCGAAAGAGUUCUUUUAUUUUCAUCAUAACUUGCUUAAUUUUGAUGCUAUUAACUUGUACUGGAGCUCAUUUGAUAGGUAUUAUGAAGUACUUUGACAAAUGUUUAGCAGGUAUAUUUUAUAAAUUGUAUCGUUUUCCCGUUAUUUAAGCUUGAAUACUUAGAUUUGAGUACUCGUCGAAAGAAAUAUACAUUCAAUUGCCAAUAACUCACUUUGAACUAACAUUAGUUUAGUUAUUUAAGUGAGGAGUAUAUUCAAUUUUUUAUUAUCUUCAAUUUCGGUAAUAUUAACUUUUUUGAAAAAGCUUAUAGUUUUUGAGUUAUACGUGAAAACCAUGCAUUUUUCUUACAAAAAAAUAAAAUCUUUGAUCUUGAAUAACUCAAAAAGUAUUGAUUUAUAUUAAUAACUUUAUAUAACGAAUUUUGUUUAUAAUUUGUCCCUCUAUCAAUUUAUGGUAUUAUUUUUAUAAAAAUAAUUUUCACCCCCGAGAAGGGGUGGCAUCCACCCCCAGGGUAAAAGCGCAAGUUGGCAUCAUGUCACCUUUGUUCUUUGAGGUAUCCGCUAAUUACUCACCAAUUUUCAUGAAAACGAUGGAGGUUUAACGAAAUCGGAGGUGAAAUCCUUCAGUGACUGCACUAUAAAUCGUUAAUGUCAUUUUAAAUAUAUACAAAUUGUUUAAAAAAAU